AUGGAGACAUGUCACUCGCUAGAAUACAUUGACCUAUUAAGGCAAAGGCUGGGAGUUAUUAACAAUUACAUAAAAAAGUUUGUUUCUGAACAAGAGAAGCCUUCUGCAUUGGUUUUUACAAUUAGAAAUAGAACUAUUGAAACUACGGAUACGAUCAAUUUCAUUGGAGAGGCGUCGGAGAGUAAUGAUAAAAUACGUGAUCUAGCAAAAAUAUAUGGCACUAUCGGACAUACUUCUUCUAUGGUCAACAAAAUGUUCAACUUUCAGAUUCUUACUGUAAUUAUGAGUACUUUUAUAUUUAUAAUUGCCAUAAUGUGGACGUGUCUUAAGUUUUAUCGUAAUAAUUACAGUAAUACGGGUUACUUGUUAAAUUUGAUACUGUCUACGAUGUUUUGGAUCAGCUAUAUUGCUUUGAUGUCCAUUACGUGUGAGAGACUAAUACUACUGCGCAAGGAGACAAAGAGUCUAGUGAACAAAAUCGUCAUGAACUAUGAUCUGCCGACGACAAUGAGAGAUCAAGCUAAAGCGUUCAUGCAACUCGUGGAGGCGUGGCCGUUGCUUAUCCAUAUUUACGAUAUGUUUUCAGACGAUAUCUGUGAAAUCAGCGUCAACGAAAUCAUGCCACGAAGCUGUGUAAAUAUAAGAUCAGAUAUGAAUUGUCCAGUGAGAAAGCAUCUGAAGCAAGAAUACAAACAAGACUUCAAGCAAGACUUCAAACAGGAUUUCAAACAAGACUUCGAGCAAAGCUUCAGACAAGAUUUCAGAAAAGACUUUUGA